AUGAUCCAAAUAAAUAGUGCUCCAGUAAAUAUGAAUGUUAUACAAGUUUACGCUCCCACAGCUAACAGCGAUGAGGAGGAUUUAGAGAAGUUCUACAAAGAUAUAAGCAGUGUACUGAAAACCCUAAAAAGCAAUGAUAUCACAAUACUCAUGGGGGACUUCAAUGCAAAAAUAAUUGCAUUUGAUGAGCUAAAGACAGACUUCAAGAGUCCUAUAGACCAGUGCAACCCAACACAUGCGAGAGAGCGGUUGAGAAACAUUGAACGGAUCUGCUUUCUUCUGAGAAAGUUAGUGUUGCCAGAAUAUUCCAUCCAUAGCCUUUUCUGCAUAAUGUUUCUGUGUGCUCAAGAAUGGUUAACUCUGGGCUUGAAUAUUCCCCUGCUUUUCUAUCAUUUUUGGAGGUAUUUUCAUUGUCCAGCAGACAGCACAGAACUAGCCUAUGAUCCACCUGCAGUGAUGAAUGCAGAUACCUUGAUUUAUUGUCAAAGGGAAGCCUGGUGUAAACUAGCUUUCUAUCUCCUCUCAUUCUUCUACUAUUUGUACUGCAUGAUCUACGCUUUAGUGACUUCCUAAUUCAAAGAUUAUGUAAAAAACUGAAAACAAAAGUGACCGUAUCCAGCCUACAGUGAUGCCUAAUACUAAAACACAGCAACAAAAUGGAAGCUUUAAAUCCAGCAGCCAUACAGGAUAUAAAAGAGCAAGAGAUAAAGCCCUAUAAGAAUAACAGGUGACAGCACAAGUGGAAAAAAAUGAAGUGAUUGAUAGCUGAGCAAGCUCGUUUUCGUCUUUCCUUCCUUCGUUUUUUUAUUUCCCAGGAUAAAACAAACUAGAUAUUUAUAAUGUGUGAAAUAGACAGUUUCAUCUGCAUGUGAUGGAGUAUGACUUUUAUUAUAUUAAUUUAUCUUCAGAGUGCAGAUUCUGCCACAAACAAGAUUGUUUCUGUAUCCUUUUUCCCCUCCGAGGGACUUGAAAGCAAGGCAACUAUCCUCUGGACCUGUGGUCAAGUAGAUGCAGAUAAUAUAUGUGUGUAAUACUCUGCAUUCAAUCAUAUGCUGGAGAAAAGUUGGGAAACAUUUGGCUUUUUGUGAUUUUGGUGACUGAAGAAAACAUAUCUUGGGAGAACAAGGGGCCAAAACCCAUUCAAAUUGCACUCAGUUGUUCUUCGUGAUAAUGUUCCAACUAUUCUGAAUUAGGGAAGGUAGUGCAGUAAAACAAUAUUAUGUUAUAUAUUAAUAAUACAGUUAUGUCAAGCACUCUAUAAUAUUGCAUUCCUCCUACUGGAGGAAAAAUGUCCUAGUAAUGUAAUGAAUGCUUCAACAAUUUUUACAGCCUGCAGUACAUAUUAAAAGGGCCAAUUUAUUUUUGUCUGGAGUCCUGUCAAAUCAAUGUAAUAAUUUCAGUUGAAUUAAAAUUAACAGGAUUCCUUCCU